AUGUCGCAAUAUAGCAAGGCCUGCUGCUCGAACAUUCCUCCCGUUGUCUCGAAAGGGUAUGAGGAGAAGGGCAAGUAUAUCACCUUGAAUGGCAUGAAAACAUAUGUCACUGGCCCAGAAGAUGCCACAGAGGCCAUCUGUGUUAUUUUCGAUAUCUUCGGCUUCUUCCCACAAACUAUCCAGGGCGCCGAUAUAUUGGCUACCUCUGACCCGAACCGCAAGUACCGCAUUUUCAUGGCUGAUUUCUUCGACGGCAGCCCAGCAGAUAUAUCUUGGUAUCCACCCACCACAGAAGAACACAAGAAGAACUUGGCCAAUUUCUUCAAAACUAAAGCCGCCGUACCAGGGACACUCUCAAGAAUCCCAGGCGUUAUCGAAGAAGCCAACAAACUUGCCAAGGGAGGGAAAUUCAAAGCAUGGGCUAUCCUUGGAUACUGUUGGGGUGGGAAGAUUGUCACUCUGGCUUCGACGCAAGGUACACUUUUUAAAGUGGCUGUCCAAUGCCACCCCGCUAUGCUUGACGCAAAAGAUGCUCCCAAUGUCACUAUCCCAAUGGCACUGUUGGCAUCCAUGGACGAGGACGUCAACGAGGUCAAGGCCUUUGAGGAUAACUUGAAGGUUUCCAAGUAUGUCAAGACGUGGGAUAAGCAAAUCCACGGCUGGAUGGCGGCGAGAGGGGAUUUGGAGAACCAAGAGGUUCGCAAGGAGUAUGAAAACGGAUAUAAGACGGUGCUGGGCUUCCUUAAUGAGCAUAUAACCAACUCGACAUCUAAGAUCUAA